AAGGGAUAUUAAUGAAAGGAAUAAUCGUUAUGAAAGUGGAAGACAUCAUUUUCGAAAUAAACGUGAUCCAAGAAGUAAUCAGAAUACAAAUACACAAAACACUAAUUCCGAGACAAAUAGCUCUCGGGAAUCUCAAUCAAUAGGUAAUAAUUUGAGGAAUAGGUCAGAAUAUCGUGGUGGCAGAGGUGGAAGAUCAUAUGUAAAUGAAUCUCGUACUUCACCAAGUGAGAAUCAAGGAAUAAGUGAAGAUUCCUCAGCGAAUCAAAUAAAAGAUAACGUAGUUAAAGAAUCACUUCGUGAAGAAAAUAGAUCAAAAGUUCCUAAGGAAAAAAUAUCAUCAUCUCCUUCAACUUCAUCAAGUUCUAAUCAGAAAACUUUUCGCAACAACAAUCGAUCCAAAAUAUCAUCUAAAAAGGUUUCUCUUGAUGAGAUUAAAGAUGUACGAACUUCAAUAACACAUGGUUUAACUACUUCUAC